CGGAAGUGAGGUCACACAGCAUGGCGGCUCAGGCCGGGGGCCGCUGAGGAGGCGCCGGGCCCCCGGGAAUCCGCGUCCAUCCUCCACCUCCCUGGUGCCGCGCGCGGUCCCGGGGCCGCGAUGGUGCCGGGCGCCGCCAGUCUCUGAGCCGCGGGCCGCGCCGCCGCCGCCAUGGAGCUGCGCGUCGGGAAUCGCUACCGGCUGGGCCGGAAGAUCGGCAGUGGCUCUUUCGGGGACAUCUACCUGGGAACUGACAUUGCUGCUGGAGAGGAGGUUGCCAUCAAACUGGAAUGUGUAAAAACCAAACAUCCUCAGCUCCACAUAGAGAGUAAAAUCUACAAGAUGAUGCAGGGAGGAGUUGGUAUUCCAACAAUUAAAUGGUGUGGAGCUGAAGGAGAUUAUAAUGUGAUGGUAAUGGAGUUGUUAGGACCAAGUCUUGAAGAUCUCUUCAAUUUUUGUUCACGAAAAUUCAGUCUCAAGACAGUCCUGUUACUUGCUGACCAAAUGAUAAGUCGUAUUGAAUACAUUCACUCUAAGAACUUCAUCCACCGAGAUGUGAAACCUGAUAAUUUCCUGAUGGGGCUUGGAAAGAAGGGCAACCUUGUCUACAUCAUAGACUUUGGGUUAGCCAAGAAAUAUAGAGAUGCUCGAACUCACCAGCACAUCCCAUAUCGUGAAAACAAAAACUUAACAGGAACUGCCCGUUAUGCAUCCAUCAAUACUCAUCUUGGAAUUGAGCAAUCUCGCAGAGAUGAUUUGGAGUCUUUGGGCUACGUUUUGAUGUAUUUUAACCUGGGCUCCCUUCCCUGGCAGGGGCUAAAGGCAGCAACAAAAAGACAGAAGUAUGAACGUAUCAGCGAAAAGAAAAUGUCUACACCCAUUGAGGUUUUAUGUAAAGGAUACCCGUCUGAGUUUGCUACAUACCUGAAUUUCUGCCGUUCUUUGCGUUUUGAUGACAAGCCAGAUUAUUCCUAUCUAAGACAAUUAUUCAGAAACCUGUUCCACCGGCAAGGCUUCUCCUAUGACUAUGUAUUUGACUGGAAUAUGCUCAAAUUUGGUGCAAGCAGAGCUGCUGAGGAUGCUGAACGGGAGCGAAGGGAACGAGAGGAAAGAAUGAGACAUGCACGAAAUCCAGCAGUUCGUGGCUUACCUUCCACAGCUUCUGGUAGGCUGAGAGGAACGCAAGAUGUGGCUCCUCCCACUCCUCUUACUCCAACCUCACAUACUGCUAACACCUCUCCUCGUCCAGUGUCUGGAAUGGAGCGAGAAAGGAAAGUGAGUAUGAGAUUGCAUCGUGGUGCCCCUGUCAAUAUCUCUUCAUCCGACUUAACAGGCCGACAAGAUACCUCUCGCAUGUCGACUUCACAGAUUCCUGCUCGGGUGACUCCCAGUGUUCUCCAGUCUGCUGUGCACCGAUGAAAAUUACUUUGCCAUGGAGGGCAGAUAAUGCAUGGCUGAUCUCCUGUAUUACCAAUGGCUUUACUAGCAAAAAUACCCCAAACUAGAGCAGAAACAUUACAGUUGGAGUUCUCCAUGCCACUUACAAAAAGAUACUCACAAGAACAUGGACAGAGACUCCAGCAGCUGCCAUUACAGGACGCUUUUGCCAGAAACCCAGUGACCUUAAGUGAACUCUGUAGCAACAGGGCUGGAAAAGGAAGAGAUGGUUUACAGAGUUAACCGCCUGUUAUUGAAUAGCCAUUUCAGUUCUCCCUCCACAGGCGGCAGACUUUACCCCUUUUUAUUAUUCUACUGUAACUAUAAAACUUUUACUUAGUUUAAGAGAAUUUUUUGUAUCAUUUUGCUAAAAUUAUUGGCUUAAUUCUCUGUAAAGAAUUCUGUCUUGCUUUUGUCUGAUUUAAAAAUGUAGAAUAUAAACCAUCCUGAAUUCAAGAUGAUGACUUGAAGUUUCUUGUAAAAUUUAGUCUGGCAGGGAACAUGUAAAUGAAUUAAAGCCAUCUGAUUUUAUUUAAACUGUUUACUUAUUUUUUAUGGGCCCAUGCUGUGGGUUUUCUCCUGUUUUUUGUUUGUUUGAUUUUUUUUAAUACACAUUAUUUUGCUUUUUCUGUCUUCCACCUUUUCAAAUUUAUUUUCCAUGAAGCACAGAAGCAAUUUUGAUUUUUAUUCUUCUAUCCUAUAAUUAGUGAGAGCAGCAUACAUUAUAUGUGUCUAGUUCCAGCACAGGUGGUGGUAGUAACUUUUCCCUGAAGAAUAUGAAGAAUAAAGAGAGUGAAGAGCUCUGAUAUUUAAGGAGAAUUUGGAGCUUUAACAUUGAAAGCAUGGCACACAUCUCUCUUCUAUUUGAGAGGGAGGGUUGUGCAUCUUUCUUCUUGGUAAUAUCUAGGGUGGGGGGGUUUUGGGGGGGUGGUUUGUUUUGUUUUUUGGGAGAGAGAGGUUGAGUUGGAGAGAGUUGUAAAAGAAAAUGAAUGUUGUCAUCGCAGUUAGAAUGAAUUUGCACAACAUUUGCUUCAGCGCAUCCAUAUACCUUUUUUUUCCCUUAUUUUUUUUUUAAGUGAUUCUAGUCUCCUGUUUAAUGCCAAGACACAAAAAUAAAUGCAUGCUCCUUCUGUGAAAUUCUGAUUGAGUACACUAGGGUGUGUAUUUAAUUCUUUAAUACUAGAGUAAUUUGGGUAUAUCUGGAAUCACUAGUCUUUAGCUGGAAACAAUUUAUUUUAUGACCGUUUUUGUGUGAAUCUAAGCACAUAAAGUGCUUUUGGCAAAUGUCUUUUAAGGAAUAUGGAAAAAUCCUUGUGUUUUUUAAUGUAGAACAUUUUCAUAAAGUAAUAUAUGUUUCUCCCUUACAGUAAUCGGAAUGGUAGUAGAAGUAUUAGUCACAUCAUUCGAGCAAAAUAAUGUCAGUUACCAUCUUUGUAACAAAGGUAAAAUACAUUUGUGUGUGGAGGGGAUUUGGCUUUUUUGGCUUAAACCAACAAAUCAAAUUGCAUCCUACUUGGAAGCCAGUUGCAAACUAAUCAAUUUAUGGCUUCCAAGACCCUCAGUUUUUGUUAGGAAUAUCUUUGUAUUGAUCCAGAAUUUUGCAAACUCCUUUUCCUGUCCAGAAAUUCAUCUGCUAAAUGUCAGUCACCUUUUUCUUUGGGUAUUUCAGACCAUUAUUUAACUGCUUGUGUACUCUAGAUCUAUACUGGGGGAAUCUUGUGACUGGGGGAGUGCAAUGGAAAAAUUGGUCUGGUCCGUGGAUAUUUUUGCAUAACAAUCCAUUCCUCAUUUUACUGUAACUUGAGUACUGUAGGCAUGUGCACUACCAUUUGUACAGUUCUACACUUCACUGUGCUUUCUUUGUAAAUAUCUGUGGUUAAUGAUGUAAUGUUAGAGACACUUACAAAGGCAGCCUCUUCCUUCCCUCUGUAUCUGGAACACUUAAAUUGCUGUACUAUACUUAAAAGGUGACUGCAAAUUUCUAGAAAUGUACCUGGUUGUGGGCAGUCUUGCCCUUUCAUGAUCGUUAAAUCCCAUCACCUGCAGAUUAUAGUUAAACUGUCUCUCUAAACCUGUGUAUUGGUUACCAAUAUCUCAGAACACCUCAUUUGUACUACCACUGUAUUUGUGUACUUAAACAGUUGUGUAAAUAAAUUCAUAAUGACUUCU